CAUAAUAUCAUCAGUGUCUCUCUUCACAGAAAGCAACACAGACCACUUACAAAAUGUUUAAGCUGGUGGUGUUGUCUUGCGUCCUGGCGGUGACGUCCGCAUCGGGUCUUUUCGCAGGAUACGUGGCGCCCAUAGCGCCUCUGGCCUACGCUGCACCUUUUUUGCAACCUCACAACUACCGAGGACCUCUGUCUCUUGCUCCUGGUCAACCCGCUAACAUUAUUGCAGCUGAUGGCAGACCUCUUGACACCUUGGACGUAAACUUGGACCGCUCUGCCCACUACACCGCUAAGGUUCUUAACAAUGGAUUCCACGUAUUGAAGAAACGAUCUGCAGCUAUUGUUGCACCUAUUGCCGCUCCUUUCGUGGCUCCAUUGGCAUACUCCGCGCCUCUUCUCCAACCUUACAACUACCGUGGGCCAUUAUCCCUUGCUCCAGGACAGCCUGCUAACAUCUUAGCUGCUGACGGCAGGCCUCUAGACACUUUGGAUGUUAACUUGGACCGCUCAGCACACUUCACUGCCAAGGCCCUUAGCGGUGGCGUACAUCUACUCAAGAAACGCUCUGUUGUCUUGGCUCCAAUAAGCACGGUCGCCGUUGCCAGAACGCCACUGAUCGCCCACACUUACGGAUAUACAGCACCCCUAGCAGCUGCACAUUUAAGCCACACCAUCGCCUAUUCUGCCGCACCUAUCGCUCACGUGCUGUAAACUUCGCUAUAAUCUAAGAUGUAAAUAUAAUAAUUAUACAAAUUAUAUGCCUGUUAAAACA